AUGGGCUCAAUCAGGUCGACACAUUCACAAAACGCCGAUCCCCGUCUCCGUGGGAACAGUGAACAGCCGAAGACGGUCCAGGAGAAGGGCUCCCAGAACUCGAUAUUGCCCACCAACUCUACCACUUCCAAGCGAGCAUGGGCCUUAUUUCGCGUGGACACAGCUGGAGAGAGUGGUCGAAGCGGCAUUCAACCAUGGCAUCUCCUCAAGGUAUGCUUUAGGAGUGUCUGUACGCUCUCGAUGGUCGUGAAUAUCCUCUGGCCAUUUGUCCCCGCCGCAAUUGUCAUUCAUUUCGCGCGACCCGAUCUUCACGUCUGGAUCUUCAGUCUCAAUUAUAUCGCCAUGGUGCCCUCGGCAAACCUGCUCGGCUUUGCUGGCGGGGAGCUAGCUAAAAAGUUACCAAAGAUGAUAGGCAUCAUUGUGGAAACAACUUUGGGCGCUGUGGUGGAACUCGUGCUAUUUAUGGUUUUGUUGUAUAACCAUGGCCGGACCGAAAACUCGGAUCUGAUUCCUGUCAUCCAGGCCGCUAUUCUUGGUUCAAUCAUGGCAAAUCUCCUGCUUUGCUUGGGCAUGUGUUUCUUUGUCGGCGGUAUCAAGCGUCAUGAGCAGACCUUCCACGAAGCCAUUAGUGAAGUCGGUACUGGGUUGCUCCUUGUCGCCGGUUUCGGUCUGUUGAUUCCGAGUGCGUUCUACUCCACGUUGCGUGGAAGCGUCAAUGCACAGUUUACUCUGGUGCAGUUGAACGAAUAUGCCUUGACGAUUAGCCGUGCCACUGCGGUGAUCCUUCUCGUAGCGUUUUUGACAUAUCUUUUUUUCAACCUACACAGUCACAACUCCAUUUUCGAUGAUAUCCUAGAGAAAGACGAACACCGCGACGAAGACCGACACGAAGAAGCCGCGAGGGCAAAGCUUACAAUGAUAGAAUGCUUCCUUGUCAUCGCCGUUGCACUGACCUGCGUCUGCAUGUCCGCUGUCUUCCUAGUCCAAGAAAUCGAGUACAUCGUGGAGCGCGGCGUCUCAGAUAAUUUCCUCGGUUUAAUUCUUGUCCCUCUGGUGGAAAAGGCCGCUGAGCAUCUUACAGCCAUCGAUGAAGCCUGGGACAACCAGAUCAACUUUGCACUCUUCCACUGCCUGGCUCCUUCGAUCCAAACAGCACUGCUGAACGCACCGCUUACUGUCAUUGUUGGUUGGGGUAUGGGCAAGAAUAUGAGCUUGAACUUCGAGAUCUUCAUGGUUGUCCUUCUCGUGCUUUCGAUUCUGGUCGUUGGGAAUUUCUUGCGUGAUGGCAAGUCCAAUUACCUUGAAGGUGCUCUUUGUGUGCUGGUUUACUUCAUCGUCGCUGUUUGCACUUGGUACUAUCCCCCGGUGCACAUAACCUCGACCAACCAGUCUUGA